AUAGGAGUGGUUGGACUGGCAUAAUGGAGGCAGGGUGCAAGGAGUGUAGCCUUUGCAGUCUGCGAAGCUGUGUUGCACUUCCUGUUAUCUGAGUGACUCGGUGCAAGUCCCCGCACGUCUCUGAGCCUCAGUUUCCUCAUCGCUGCCAUCCUGAGCCAUGGGCCGCCGAGCCCUCUUGCUCCUGCUCCUGGCAUUCCUAGCGCCUGGGGCCGCCAUAACCCUCCGACCGACCCUAAGGACCCUCGGCAGCCUGCAUCUGCCAACUAGCUCUACAUCCCGCUACGCUGUAGCCAGGAACUACUCCGUUCACUACUUCCAACAGAAGAUUGAUCAUUUUGGAUUUACUAUUAUGAAAACUUUUAAACAGCGCUAUAUAAUAGCUGAUAAAUACUGGAAGAAAGAUGGGGGAUCAAUACUUUUCUACACUGGUAACGAAGGGGACAUUAUCUGGUUUUGCAAUAAUACGGGGUUCAUGUGGGAUGUGGCCAAGGAACUGAAAGCUAUGUUGGUAUUCGCUGAACAUCGAUACUAUGGAGAGUCCCUACCCUUUGGUCACAGCUCAUACAAAGAUUCCAGACACUUGAAUUUUCUGACAUCAGAACAAGCUCUGGCUGAUUUUGCAGAGUUAAUCAAACACUUGAAAAGAACAAUACCAGGAGCUGAAAAUCAACCUGUCAUUGCUCUAGGGGGCUCCUAUGGCGGCAUGCUCGCAGCCUGGUUCAGGAUGAAAUACCCUCACAUUGUAGUUGGAGCUCUUGCAGCUUCUGCCCCUAUCUUGCAGUUUGAUAAUUUGAUACCUUGUGGUGUAUUUAUGAAGAUUGUAACUACAGAUUUUAGGAAAAGUGGUCCAUAUUGUUCAGAGAGCAUCCGCAGGUCCUGGGAUGCCAUUAAUCGACUUUCAAAUACAGGCAGAGGUUUACGGUGGCUUACUGAAGCCCUUCACUUAUGCAACCCGUUAGAUUCUCAGGACAUCCAACAUUUGAAAGACUGGAUUGCUGAAACCUGGGUGAAUCUGGCUAUGGUAGACUACCCUUAUGCAUCUAACUUUUUACAGCCUUUGCCUGCUUGGCCUAUUAAGGUAGCGUGCCAGUAUUUGAGAAAUCCCAAUGUAUCUGAUUCAGUGCUGCUGGAGAAUAUUUUCCAAGCUCUGAAUGUAUAUUAUAAUUAUUCUGGCCAGGCACAAUGCCUGAAUAUGUCAGAGACAACAACUAGAAGUCUGGGAUCCCAGGGUUGGAGCUAUCAGGCCUGCACAGAAAUGGUCAUGCCUUUUUGUACCAAUGGUAUCGAUGACAUGUUUGAACCUCGUUUGUGGGACUUGAAGGAAUUUUCUGAUGACUGUUUUAACCAUUGGGGUGUGAGACCGAGACCUUCCUGGAUUUCUACCCUGUAUGGAGGCAAAAACAUCAGUUCACAUACAAACAUAGUUUUCAGCAAUGGUGAACUAGAUCCCUGGUCAGGAGGUGGAAUAACCGAGGACAUCACAGACACCUUGGUUGCCAUCACCAUCUCAGAGGGAGCUCAUCAUUUAGAUCUCCGAGCCAGCAAUCCCUUAGAUCCCAGUUCCGUGCUGUUAGCCCGCACCUUGGAAGUUGGACACAUGAAGAAAUGGAUCAAAGAUUUCUAUGGCAGGGCGGGGAAAGAAGAAUUGAGAGACUUUUGAUCAUUUUCACUUUCUUCUUUUAUUUUCACACCACCCACAUUCCCAUUCACUUUGGUUUUCUACAUGUAAUUACUUUCCCUCAUUUAUCAUUAGAUUUGGUGGGGCUGAGCUUGAAACAGAAGAGAGGAUGAUGGUGGUGAGAGCAGCCAUCCCCCAAGUGUGAUUCCUGGGUCCUUGCUGUCUUUGUACCACCUCCAGGAAGACUCUCUUCACGAUAGCUCUCCCACACCAUUCAUGGCCCUUGUAAAUGGAACAGAGUUCCUGACUGCCUUUCAUAAGAGAGAGAGUCACUUCCUUUGUUUCUCUGCAAAUGGAGAUUUCUCCUUGGUUUUGAGGUUGAAAUCUCUUUGGCCCAUUUGUAAAUGCCCACCCCUACCCUCCAAAAAGAAAAAGCAGAAGAUACAUAAAAAUGAUGUAAUUGCAGCUGGUAGGAAGCAUGUCUGAUGCCAAUCCAGGAAAUGGGAGCCAUUUCUUUUGUACUUGAUUUAAUGACUUUGAACUGUGCUGUAAAUAAAGAAUAAGACUGGACCUUA